UUUGCACUGCUUCAAUAUAGAAUGAGAAUCUAAAUACAAAGGAGUCUUACUUUGAAUUUGUUUCCACAGAAAACUUUUUUGCCUUAUCAUAGAUCGAAAUAGCAAACUUGACUUCUAUAGGUCAUGAAAUUCAUAUCAAAAUAUUUACGUUUCAGAUCGAGAAUCCCAUGGAACGUAAAGAUUAAAUCAGAUUUUGAAAAGUCAAUUUUUUUUUCUAUAUUAAAAUGGCAUAGAAGUAUAUUUUGUCAAAUCUGUAUUGCAGGUCCCUUGACAGUCUAAAUAUUUUGGUCAUUUGUAGAAUCACUCUAAAGGUUUCAUCAAUUCUUCGGCGUCAGCAACUGCCCACGAUCUACAAAACUGUAGCAGUGUGGACAUCGAAAAUGUUUUAGGAUCAAUUGUAGACUGCGGUUCUAGCGAAGAUAUUGACAAUAUUCCUCUUUCGGAAGAGCUACGGAGCGCCAUUUCCAACAUGGAAGAUCUAGAUGAUGUGGACUGCCUGAUAGGAAAUGUAAUAAACGCAGUUCAAGUGGACGCCUCCUUUGACCAAGAUUUAGAAACGCUGGAACAAUCUGUCUCAUCACCCGACGGUCCUUUGGGAAGACUGGCGAAUUAUCCACAAACAUCGUCAAUAGCCAGUGGGAGUGGCCAUAGUUCACUAAAGGGCAAUGCCCAGCAGUCCAUGACGUGGGACCAAGAGGAAAGCUGGAGAAAAGACAGGAGAAAAAAAGAUAACCACAAUAUAAUUGAGCGACGCAGACGAUAUAACAUUAAUGACAGGAUUAAAGAAUUAGGCACACUUCUACCUUCCAGUAUCCCACCUGACCUCAAACAAAACAAAGGCUCUAUCUUAAAGGCGGCCGUGGAAUUCAUGAAGGAGCUGAAGAGAGACAAUUGCAAGCUGCACAAACUGGAGGAGAACCAGCGAGUUAUGAAGGCCAAAAAUCAAAAACAAUUGUUCAGAAUUUUUCAACUGGAACUAAAAAUCAAACUAUACGGUUUAACAGAAGAUAUGGAUGACGUCAAAACCAGGAAAAAGAAGCCCAAACGACAGUUGUCAGAAAUAAAUGCCAUGGUAGAGGGGUUUUGCAAGCAAAGUACAAUGUCCCUCCUGCAACAAACCGAAGAAAAAGAAUUACCAAGCUGCAAAAAGAAUAAAUUAUCUAAAUUUCGCGAACAAAAAUGCAACCCAAACCUCAAACAAGGAUUACGACAAUACCUUAGGAAAAAGAUGGCCACAGGAAUGCAAGCAGACGACAAACAAUUUGAAAAGCUCGAUUUUUUUCAUGCCGAAAAUCAAUUUGAGGUUCAAGAGAAAACAUCGCAUAUGAUGAUCAACAAGAAAAAUGAGCAAGCUACAAAAGAUAUCCCAAAAAGUCACCCGAAAGAAAAUAUUUCUCUUGGAACAGAUAAGAAUAGUAGUGUUGUUGCGCAGAACAUGGAGGAGGUCAUAGAGCUGACAACGGAGCAAUGCAACAUUUUGCUGGAUUUGUUUGAGAACCAAGGUAGUGUUAAUGAAAUCUUGAUCAACAGCGAGGAUAUGAUACAACAGGGAAGCUCCGCACCUGUGAGGGAGUGUUCGGCAGAACAAGACUGCUUGUCCCCAGUAACCAGCACCAGCAACAUGCUCGAGAAGUUGCUGCGCAGGUCAGGAAGUAGUUCUGACUCAUCUGGUUUAGAAGACUCAACAGAAAGUACAACGGGUCUACAAUAAAUGGUAGAUAAAAUGCGGUUAUUUGUUCAAAAUUGUUACGCACUUUUUUUUUUUUAUAGAAAAUUACAUAGACUCUAAGAAUCUCCUGAACCUGUAUUUGAUUUGUAAAUUUCUGCUCUUUGUAUCUUUGUAUCUUUCUACUUUUUAUAAAUAUGUAGUUCUUAG